AUGACGUCGUCGGUUGCGAGUUUGAACGCGGUCGCGCUCCUGUGGUACGUACUCCGCGUGUUAUCACCGUGGUUAAUAUUCGUUUUAAUAAUAUUUGAUCAGUAGUCCGUCGACCGUCUACGAUUGCGAGUACGCUCGUCGCGGACCGGUUGUAAUUUUAAUAUAUUUAUUUUUUUUUUUUUCUCUCAGCUGGACGGCCAUGGCGUGCGCCGUGAAUUACAACGGCGCGUCGAUCAGGGAACUGGCCGACAGCGUGAUGGUACACGGCGAAGGUCCGUUUUGGGACUCCGAGAACAACGUUUUGUAUUUCGUCGACAUUUCCGAACAGCGCGUUUACAGAUAUUUCCAAAACCGUCUGGAACACGUCCAACUAGGUAGGCAUCGAAAACAACUUAUCCCUAAACGAUGACCUACGGUGUGUCCAUUAUAAUAUUCCGAAUACUGCAAUAUUAUCAGACGCGAAUUGUAACGGCCGCGUGUUUUGAUUUGUUUUGUCUGUUUGUCCCGCCAGACGAAAGCGUGAGUUUUGUCGUCCCGGUGGCCGGACAACAAGGUCUGUUCGUCAUCGGACUGGGCACCACGUUGGCCAGUCUCCGGUGGAAUCUCAACGAGAGCACGCACAAGGUCGUCGGGUUGGCCGCAGUCGACGGCGACAAACCCGGUAACCGGUGGAACGACGCAAAAGCCGACAACAACGGUUAUUUGUGGGCCGGUAAAUAAUAAUUAUUUUAAAACGGAUUUAUUGCUACAACAAUUGCAUUCAGGUAGGUAUCGGUUUUUCUCCAUGAUACCAUUGUACGGGCGCGGGGAACGCGGUAAAAAAAACAAUUCGUACAGAAGUAGCUGUGUAGCGCAUUAUUCCCGCGUCGUACAGCCGUCGGUCGAUUAGGUAGGUAUCCCGCGAGCGGCAGAUUCGCAAUUUUAACAAUGGUAUUUAUUUUUCUUUGUUGUGGAGGGAGGACGCGACAAUUCCAGUGAAAUUCCACAACGUGGCCGACAGUUCCGUUCGGAUGUUUGUUGAUCAGAGUUUUUAAAUACCCGGGACAUUCAAACGGUUAACAGAUACCUGCCGCAGUGCUCCGCACGGUGCACAGUAUUGGGGACCGGACUGACAAUUUUAACGGAGGACCGAGAAUUCGGAUCGAACCGUUUGCCAAUUUGUUUUCGUCGUGAGAACUACUAAUGCCCGACGCCCGAUAUCGUCUUGUCCCUGUCGCACGUUGAUUUCUAUUUUCCGCGUUCGUUCGGUAAAACCAAAAAGAUAACGAACCCGAAUUCUACGCGAACGGUGCGGUGCGGCGGCUGUAAAUAUUUUUCGAUAAUAAUUGUGGUUAAGAAUAUCGAUUGGCAUCGACAUAGAUAAGAACAAUCGAUUACAUUCUGAGAAUCCAGGAACCUUGGACCGCUCUGAUGUCUACACAAAGCACAUAAAAAACGGCACUGCGAUAAAAUAUCGAUUCCCGUAAAAAUUACGUAUUAAACAACAAUAACCUAUAAAUAACGUUUUUAAAAUUUAGGUUCAUUGUUCGAUAGAUUUUUAUUUAAGGAGAAAAUAACAAUUCAAGUUGAAAGUUGGCCACUUUUCCGGUUUGUAAACAACGUUCAAAACUGUUCACGUCGUAUUAUGAAAAUGGCCGAAUUUUCGGCCGGCGGUCUUUUAUUGGAACGAUUUCUUUCUAACGGUUUUCACAAACGUUCCAAAAAAACUGUCAACAAUAAUGACGUUAUAAGCCUUGGUUUUAUUUUGGUCGAUUUCUGGCUACAACAUUGGUUAUAAUGGGAAUAAAACCAAUGUUAUCACUAUAACAGCCGUUUUCCUAGCACCGUUCAGAAUCGUCUUUUGAAUCCAGCGAUUGUUGUCGAACGACAUCGAAUGUUGUCUUUGGUAUACACUUUAUCACCUUGUAUCGUAUAUACCUUUCGAUAAAUCAUUCGAAAAAAAAAAUAGUUAUAGGUAGUGGGGAAGAUAGGAUACAUUAAGUUAUUUUAUUUAUACUUGAAACCAACGAUAAACCAUUGCUAAAGAAAAACGAUUCGGAAUGAAGUUCGGUUAUACAUGUUUUGAUAGGUCGUAAUAUUUACGAUUAUCAUCAAAAUUUGAUAUUGAGAUUCUUUUAUAAAAAAAUACUACUACAUAAAGCUCAAUUUUUUUUUUUUACCAGAAAGUACGACCUUUAAGGGCCCUCCUUAAAUGUUCACAAAUUUCUAUUAUGUCUAUCAAUUUUUUCCACAUAUUACCUACCAAAUAGAAAUUACAGUACGAAACUCGUGAAAUUUAAAUGUCUAUAUAUAGCUCAAAAAUGGCUUAAAUGUUUUGAAAAUUUUACCUCGUCUAGAUAAGCAAAUAUAAGUUUUCUUUCAAUAUUUCAAGUCCGCUAAUAUUUAUAACUGAAUUAUAUUAAAAAAAUAAAAUUUAAAAUGAUAAAAUAAUUAUUUUCGUAAAUUUUCCGUUCUUUCUAUGUAUAUUUCGAUUUUGUGAAUAGUCUGUAGUGUUCGGAGUUUUUCACCUAAUACUUAUAUGAGCAGAAAUGUUAGAAAAAAUUGUUUUAUCUUCUCCGCCACCUACUUUGCAGGUACAAUGGGAUUCGAGGACGCCGCCGGGAAUAUACCUCCGGGCCGCGGUACCCUGUACAAGUUGAACGAUACCGGGUGUUUCCAAAAUCUCGAACCCACGUUGCCCGGCGUUUCUGUCUCUAACGGGCUCGCCUGGAACGAAGACGGCACCAGAAUGUAUUACAUCGAUUCGCCGACCAAGCAAAUAGCGCUUUUCGACUACGAUCAAGCAACGGCUUCUAUUUGUAAGUAAUUUUUUAUUCUCUUGUGAUUUUCUUAUUCUGUUUAAGCAUUUAUCGUUCCGUUUUCUAUAUAACAUAUACGUUUGAUGUGAUAUUUUAACAGCGAAUCGCAGAACGUUUUACGAUUUCAAGACCGACAAUAUACCGGGCGUUCCGGACGGCAUGACAAUAGACGCGUUCGGUAAUCUCUGGAUCGCCAAUUACGGCGGCGCUCAGGUAAUUAAACCGUCAACGUAUACAUUUUUUUUUUCGGUAAUAUUCGUAAGUUUGUGCGCUGAAAACAUAAUGUACAGAUGCGCUGCAAAAAUAUCUAGAAAACUUUGAAAUAUGCAAAAUUGUAUACACAAUAUACUACGAAAAUUAAAAUUUCGUAGAAGUACAUGUACCUACAGAGUCUUGGGGUCGCCUUGAACCGAAAUUCUAUAUUAUAAUGUUGCCUAGAUACAGUAGAAAGCGUUUAAUAUGUGACAUGGCAAGAUGUGCGGUGCACGGAAUUACGUGCCUUCGUGACAAUUGAUGACCGUGACAUUUACUAUAGGUAUUGCACGUGAGCGGUUCCAGCGCAAAGUUAUUGGGCAAGUUGAAAGUCCCCGCCCAAAAAGUUUCGUCGGUUACGUUCGGCGGGCCUCAGUUGGACAAACUGUACAUCACGACGCUCAGACGUGGCGUGACGCCAGAGGAAUUCAAUGAAUAUCCAAUGUCUGGAAAGGUUCUGGAAGUGUCCGGUCUUGGGGUCCAAGGUACGCCGAAUCGUCGAGUUCGUGAAAAAUGUUUCCGGCUGUUGUGAAACUGUAUGCGAUAACUAAUAAAAUUCCUAUAGGUGUUUUUUUUUUCUAUGUAUCUAUUAUAGGCAUUUUUGUACUCUUAAAGGUAUUUUUCGUGUUAAAUCAAUUUCUAUAGAAAUUAAAAUUGAUCUAUGCUAUAAUGGGGGGGAACCGCCGAUGUUAUUUCGAUUUCUUUUGUGAUCGUUCUGAUAUGUUAUCAAUACAAAAUUGUUGUUUUUAUUAUAUUACUGAUAAAUGAUAACAACACAAAUAUAAGUCAUGAAUAAUGAAUAAUUGACUGCAUAGUAUUUUAACCUUGAUCCAUUUACCAUAGAAACACACCUCCUAGGUAUUCCAUGGGAACUAGGGGAACCUAAGGGCUGUCGGUA